GUCCCAUACAUCAUUUCUCCAAAACUCAUUUGCAACAAUUAGCUCGAAACUUGACACGGCUGAGGGCAGCAGUACUGGGCCUCGUCACGCCUCAAUUUGUCUCCGGCAGGCUGAUAAAUCAAGGGAUCGGCACAGCAUGGUCGCUUAAGUUUAAGCGUCGGACCUGCGCUGAACUUGCUGCCCAAGUCUCCCUCGCAUUAGCGUGUUCUCUGAACGCAUUACUUCGGCGAUGGGUGCUGGUUGCAGCCAUCCAGUUGACUUCAUUGCUUAUGCUGCUACAACGGAGGAGGUGCGCGACGCUGUAAAAAGCAUUGAAGCAUGGCAAAAGGCGCAGGAGGAUGGGCGCACUGGCAAGGGAUUCCAGCACACGACUGACACGAAGACUCCCCUGCUCGCGCGUGUGGGCGGGAUUGACAACGUGAAACGCGUGGUUGAGGGCUUCUAUCGCCGGCUGUACGCGGAUGAACGGAUGGACAAGUACCUCUCGGGAUUCGACAUGCCCUACCUGCGGGCCAAGCAGUCCGCCUUCAUGGGCUGGUUGUUCGGACCCGCUAGUGUGCCGUACAGCGGCAAGCACCUGCGCACGGUGCACCUCAAGAUGAUCAAGCAGCAGGGCUUCAGCCCCGAGGACUUCGAGGUGGGCAUGGACUACUUCGAGGAGUCCAUGAAGGAGCUGGGCGCGCCCGAGACCAUCAUUAGCGAGGUCAUGUCCAAGAUUCGCCCAUUCAAGGCAGUCAUCUUCACGCCCAACGCCAAGGACACCGAGGAGAUCGCGCGCUGGGCGGCGGAGGGGAGCGCGAAGCAGGCAUCCGCAGCCAGCGGCAAGUCAGAAAAGCCCGCGGCGCAGCCGGACCAGGCAGCCGCAGCCGUAACCGCAGCCCCGGUCGCUGCCGCUGCUGCAGACCGCCCGGGCUCGGCCGCCUCCACCGCCUCUGCGAGGGCGCGCCAGUGCCCCUUCAGCGGCGCAAUGGUGGGCGCGACAAGUGCCAAAGCGUCCUCGCGGCCGGCCAGCGCAGCACCCACACCGGCACCCGCCACCGCGCCCGCGCCCGUGACCGCGCCGGCGACGUCUACGUCAGCUCCCGCGCCGGCGCCGGCUGUCACCUCGUCCCGCCCGGCCUCUUCUGCACCGGCGCCCGCCGCUGCCCCGGCCGCUGGCGAUGCCAGCUCGCGGCCCGCAUCCAGCGCGGCAGCGCCAGUGCCGGCGGCGGCGGCUGAGCCCCAGCCGGCACCUGCGCCGGCGCCGCUGAAGGAGAAGUCCCAGGUGCCGCUGAUGAAGGCGACCACCACAGAGCUGGUGGACGCAUUCAUUUCAGAGGCCAUCAUGGCGGAGCCACCCGCGCCCGGCCCCAGUGCGGCUGCGGCUGCGGAGGGCCUGGCGGCGGUCGCCGAAGAGGAGGAGGCGAGUCCGGCGGCGGCGGAGCCGCCGGCUGCCAAGCAGGAAACGGCGGACGCAGGGGGCCUUGACGGCUUGGAUGGCCUGGAUGGCCUAGACGGACUGGAGGGCUUCGGGGAUGAACUGGGCGCCAGUGCGACUGUUGGAGCUGCAGAGGGUGCCGGUGCCGGCGCCGCUGGCGUUGCGGAGGACGAGGAGGAGGGCGCCAAGCAGCCGCCCGCCGCCACGCUGUCGCAGGCACUCGGCCAGCUGGAGUCGUCGCAGCAGCUGGGCGAGGUGUUUUAGUGGUGCGGCAGGAAGACGGGUAACGGCGGCACAGCCGGGUGCUGCGCUGCAGAGCUGUGCGGCCGCGCGGAGGGGCUGGAGGGACGGCUGCGGAUCCAGACAUAAGAGCUGCCCUUGAGCACCCUGUGCUGUCAUUUGUGCUACAUACUUGCUUCCAUGGUAAUGGCUGUGAAGCGGACAGAGGGAAGGGUCGUGCGUAUGGCUGGGGUAUCACGAGGCGGUACACGACACGCUGGGAGGAUAGCGUGAGGCACGAAGUGGAGCUUGGGCUGCGUUACAUGGUCGUGCCGAGGUCCUUGCCGGCCGGAAGUUGGCUGCGACCUUCCACAUGGAGCUCCUCUCCCAACACAUGGACUCUUUGGCUAACUGACAAAAGCACUAGUACGGAAUCUCAAAUUCGUUUGUUGCUAUGCCUUCAUGCCUUCAGGCAGGUGUCCAGGCCGCGGGUAUGCAUAGUGCAUGGGUGUGGGAAGCGCUUUCGAGGUGGUACAGCAGGUUUGAGACAGACCCGUGGGAGAGCCCUGUGUACAUGGAGAUUGGGGUGUUUGGCAAGUCGUGUAUGUAGCCAGUCGCUUGCAUUCUUAGGGUAAGAAUAAAUGUCGCAGGCCGUGGUCUAUAGGCUUGCACUCGGCCAACCAAUCCCACUGUAGCCAUCCCUGUAGUGGUUUGUAGGUGCAUCUCGGAUGUCAGGUGUACUCAUGUGCAACGCGCAGGCGUGGGCUUCUGCACUCAUCAAUCAUGCAUGCGUGUUCUUGGGAUCUUUCAGUACUCUUGACUCCCGUGCUGCGGAGGUGUUCCUUGAUAUUUAUUAUGUGCGGUGCUGCCAUGCUCCACUCGUGAAGGCCAAUGCGCGCGAGCACCUCACGACUCGUGUGCUUCCAAGUGCAUAUCGGAAGGCAAACCGCGUAGACUUUGUAGCUGCAGGCAUGCGUACGUGUGCGUCAGCGUUGCAGGAAUACUUGCGUGCUCUCGCAGUACGGUGCGGUACAUCAGCAGAGGCGGCAAUGUCUUCUUUUAACCAAUAAAUGCGGUUUGCGAGCCUGGUGAGUGCAGCGCGAAGAGGCAGGCUGGCGUUGGAUUGCACAUGCUGUAUGUACGGUACCGCCGUCCACCGUAGGCAGCAGUCUUAGUUUCAUGUGGUCUAUGGUGGCGGCAGCUUUGCUCCGUGUUUGUGGGGGCCAGAGACGGCCUUUGCCUCCGAUGGUUAGCGCCGCCAGUGAUGGGGAGAUUAAGGCGUACUGGGAGGUGGCUACAAAGGUGAAAGCUUGAAUCAAAGCUUGGAGCGAAGAGCUAAGGCAGACCCGGCGUGCAUGUACGGUACAUUUAACAGAUAUUGCGUGCUUGAGUAAUGCACGUGUGCUAUGGUGCAGCAUGAUGAAAUACGGAAGCAGGCUGCUGGACGACUUGCCCCAGAUGAGGCGACUGAGGAGCUUAGACGUCGGGUCCCGGGCUCCCGGGGAGUGGGCACGUUGCCAUGCAGGGAAGAGUCCUGCUCGGCUCCAUG